UCUCGCGGCCAGCGCAGUGGAACCCUAGCGGGGAACGCGGUGCCGCCUUCCUCCUCCUCGGGCCGGGCUGCCGGAGCGGCUGUGUGGGGGGCUGCCGGGAGCGGCUGAGUCGGCGGCUGGCAGCCGAGCGGGGUGCGCGGAGGCUGCGCCUGCUCCUCAGCAGCCCCAGGGCCAGCCGGGAGACCCCAGCGCCCCUGCUCGCGGGCCUCCGCCCCCUCGCGGGCUCCGCCUCCUUCCCUCACACACCCCCCGUGCCGCCCGGGCCGUAGGCCUUCCCGGCGCUGCUGCUCCUCCUCCUCUUCAGACACGUUCCGACCGGGGUCUUGCUGCCGGCAGCCGGCCUUGCUCCCCGUGGGAAUCUUUCUCAGGCGUUCCUUUCUCAUAGACACACACACACACCACACUACACCACAUCACACCACACGCCCGGCACGCGCCUUCGCUGGCCGGGCCGCCCCCUUCUCGCCAGCCCUCCCCAUCCUUGCUAACACCGCCGCCGGGGGAGGAUUGAUGUCCCUUCAUCAUGCAGCCGCCACCGAGGAAGGUAAAAGUUACACAAGAACUGAAAAACAUUCAAGUUGAGCAGAUGACAAAACUUCAAGCCAAACAUCAAGCAGAAUGUGAUUUGCUGGAAGACAUGAGGACAUUCAGCCAGAAGAAGGCUUCUAUUGAGAAAGAGUAUGCACAGAAUAUGCAGAAGUUGGCUAGUCAGUACCUGAAGAGAGAUUGGCCUGGAAUAAAAGCUGAUGAUCGGAACGACUACAGGAGCAUGUAUCCUGUUUGGAAAUCUUUUCUCGAGGGAACAAUGCAGGUAGCCCAGUCUCGGAUCAAUAUAUGUGAGAACUAUAAAAACUUCAUUUCUGAGCCUGCAAGAACAGUGAGAAGCUUAAAAGAACAGCAACUAAAAAGGUGUGUGGACCAGUUGACAAAGAUCCAAACUGAAUUACAAGAGACAGUGAAAGAUCUAGCUAAAGGUAAAAAGAAGUACUUUGAGACUGAACAGAUGGCUCAUGCAGUACGGGAGAAAGCUGACAUUGAGGCAAAAUCUAAACUUAGCCUUUUUCAGUCAAGAAUCAGUUUACAGAAGGCAAGUGUAAAGUUGAAAGCCCGGCGUUCUGAGUGUAACUCUAAGGCUACACAUGCAAGGAAUGAUUAUCUUCUUACACUCGCCGCAGCUAAUGCACAUCAGGAUCGCUACUAUCAAACAGAUUUAGUAAACAUUAUGAAGGCUCUUGAUGGAAAUGUGUAUGACCACCUCAAGGAUUAUUUAAUAGCCUUCAGCCGGACGGAGCUGGAAACAUGUCAAGCUGUGCAGAAUACAUUCCAGUUUUUAUUAGAAAACUCCAAUAAGGUGGUACGGGACUAUAAUCUUCAGCUGUUUUUACAAGAGAAUACUGUAUUUCACAAGCCACAGCCAUUCCAGUUCCAGCCUUGUGACAGUGAUACUAGUUUAAAAGCUGCCCAGCUGGUGGAUAUUGAGCUCUCCCCUGUCAGUGCUCUGAGAAUGACCAUAGCUGAGAGCCGACAAUUAGAAUCGGAAACUGGGACCACAGAAGAGCACAGUCUAAAUAAAGAAGCUCGAAAAUGGGCCACACGUGUGGCACGAGAGCACAAGAACAUUGUUCACCAGCAACGGGUUUUGAGUGAUCUGGAAUGCCAUGGAGUUGCCAUAUCAGAACAAAGUCGAGCAGAGCUGGAACAGAAAAUAGAUGAAGCUAGAGAAAAUAUUCGUAAAGCAGAGAUAAUUAAGUUGAAAGCUGAAGCUCGGUUGGACCUGCUAAAGCAAAUCGGUGUUUCUGUGGACACAUGGCUGAAGAGUGCCAUGAACCAAGUAAUGGAAGAGCUGGAAAAUGAACGAUGGGCCCGCCCUCCAGCGGUGACCAGUAAUGGCACCUUACACCCGCUGAAUGCAGACUCCGAAAGAGAAGAAGGAGAAGAGUUUGAAGACAACAUGGAUGUUUUUGAUGACAGCAGUUCCAGCCCUUCUGGCACCUUAAGAAAUUACCCACUUACCUGCAAAGUUGUUUAUUCCUACAAGGCGUCUCAACCAGAUGAGUUGACCAUUGAGGAACAUGAGGUGUUAGAAGUGAUUGAAGAUGGAGAUAUGGAAGACUGGGUAAAGGCUCGAAAUAAAGUUGGCCAAGUGGGUUAUGUGCCAGAAAAGUACCUACAGUUCCCCACCUCGAACAGCCUGCUGAGCAUGCUGCAGUCCUUGGCCGCUUUGGACAGUCGGUCCCACACAUCCAGCAAUUCCACAGAAGCAGAACUCAUCUCAGGCAGCCUCAACGGAGAUGCCAGUGUCUGUUUUGUGAAAGCACUUUAUGAUUAUGAGGGCCAGACAGAUGAUGAGCUGUCUUUUCCUGAGGGGGCUAUCAUUCGCAUCGUGAACAAAGAAAACCAAGAUGAUGAUGGCUUUUGGGAAGGGGAAUUCAGUGGAAGGAUUGGAGUUUUCCCAUCGGUGCUGGUAGAAGAACUUUCAGCCUCAGAAAAUGGUGACACUCCCUGGAUGAAAGAGAUUCAGAUCUCUCCUUCCCCCAAGCCGCACACCUCGCUGCCUCCACUGCCACUGUAUGACCAGCCUCCCAGCAGCCCAUACCCCAGCCCAGACAAGAGGGGUUCCCAGUACUUUCCUCGGUCUCCUUCAGCAAAUGAAAACAGCCCCCAUGCAGAAUCACCAGGAUUCUCACAGGCAUCCAGGCACACUCCAGAGACCUCAUAUGGCAAACUGCGACCUGUCCGGGCAGCUCCUCCUCCACCUACGCAGAACCACCGAAGGCCAGCAGAGAAGAUUGAGGAUGUGGAAAUCACACUGGUGUGAUGAUGGGUUUGCCCAUCUGUUACUGCUACAAUCAAGGCCAGGCUGAGAGCUUGGCCAGUCUUGUUUUUAGGCACCUUUGCAUGAUGACUCUUGAACAGAGUGAAAACAAGGAGGAUUAUAAGUGACUGGGUGGUCUGAAGAACUCCUCCCAUGUUUUGGAUAUUUUGUGCCUUUUUGUUGUCAUUUUGUAUGUCAUCUCUUACCACAGCACAAAUCUUGUGGGCCCUAGAAGCAGAGAGGGGGCAGCCCUCAUGCCUACCAGUGGUCCGUUUUUAUAUGAGACUCAAGACCAGGCCUUGUUCAGGGCACAGUCACAGAAUUACUGAUCAUGUGCACUCGUACAGUAUAUUACUGUGGCCACAAAGAUGUGGCAGAUUCUCAUCUUUCUUCAAGUGGCUUUUGCUCAUCUGAUUAAGUAGUAAUCAGAUCAAGUUGGCUACAUAAGGAAACAUAAGAAAGGAUUUCAGGAGAGGCUGGCUCCUCCCCGAAGUUAGUCCCCAGACUAAGAAAGUGAAAUUUAUUGGGAGAAUAAAAAAGGCGAACUGUUCUGAUUUUAGCACCAAUUGCAUUAACGCACAUCUCUUCCACAACUAACAGAUUUAAAAGAACAGUGUCCUCUUUGCAUUAAUAUUAUGCUGUUCAUUUAGUAUUAAUGGAGGUAUUAUGAGGGGCUGAACCAAGAGCUGCGUCCUGUCCAUCACAUAGACUAAUAAAAGCAGAAACGGAGCUUCCAGGUCUGAAAUGGGCCAAUUUAAUGUCUUCUUUGUAUUUGGGUAUUUUUCAUUCUAAAUUUUGCAGUAUACAUUCUUCUGACCAGCACCUAUAGAAUCUGAAUGCCCAGAUAAAUUGAAGGCACCAACCCCCAUCAUUGAGCUUUUCUACUAGGAAGACCCUUGGCACUGUUGUAUUCCCAAGCCAGUGCACUGGCCCACAUGGCUGGGUUGUACCUUGUCCAAACCAGCUGACACUCUUGGAAUAUAUAACUUCUGUAUCCCACUAUCCUGACAUCCCUUUGGGAGGAAGAACCUGUGGCCCAUGGAGGAAACCUGCUUUGCAAGAGAAAGGAAGACGGGAUUGCCCAUGCUGCAGAGUUGCAGAGUAACACGGCAACACGAGUGUCUUCUGUCAGGGAGAACCGAGAAUGUUACGCUUCACAGCCCAGUGAGCAUGCAGCAGCAAGUGCCCCACACCAGGGCCCUGGCCCUUCACCCCUGUGCAGCAGGGAAUGUGUCAUCUGUGGACUACAGGAAGUUCAGCUGUUACUUUUUAAAAAAUUUUUGUUAAAAAAUCAAAUUUACAGAAUUUAGCCCAAAACUUGAAUCAUCCGUUGAAAACUGCAUCCCUCCUAAGAAUCUUUCAAAAAAAACAACUUGAAAUGCUCGCCAAACGUCCCCAUGGGAUUUUGAACCAAAAGUAAGGUCAACGUGGAACAAUUUUUCAGUUAGUCAUGUGAUCACUUCAGUGAUAAUACCUGAUGAUGAAUCUUCUCCAUGAUUUUAGUGAUUUUUUUGUUGUUGUUGUUUUCAUUUCUUAACCUGUUGAUCUAUUUGAGGUCUUUUGUGUUUAUCAAACUUAUUCUUAAGUUUAAAAAAGAAAUUAAGGGGUGGUUCUUCAAGAUUUUAAAGUCUGCUGACAUGUGCUUAUUCGACAGAGCAGUUCUUGCCACCCAGUCCUGUGCUUUCCUGUUAGCUAGCCAAAUUGUCUUUGAAUCUGGGUUUCCCAUGACCUCAGAGCGGUAUUUGAAAUCUUUUGUUAGAUUUUAAAAUACUUUUUGGAAGAGCUGCUAAUUUUAUUUUAAAAAAAUAAAGCGAGCCUGUAAAAAUAUGCGUCCUUUUUGGAAAGUAAGCCCUCCCUCCAGGACACGUAACCCAGCAUGGCAGAGCACAGGCAGUGCUCGGAGAGGGCCUCUUUACAGGCGCGCUUUCUUGCCGUGGCUGUAAAAAGUUUGUAUUUAUUAUAUAUAAAAUGUUGAAUAAUAAAAACAUGCAAUUAUGAUUUCUAUGUUUCCUUUUAAAAAAAAUUCAGGUAACAAGGCUUUUCCAAAAAGACCAUGCUUCUUACACCUGUGGACCCUCGUUUAAACCCUUGAACAGAUGCAGAGAGCAGGAAACAAGUUCAUCCACCCGUGGUGUGCAGUCCUUGAUGCCACCGAGGCAUCGAGUCUCAUAUCCUAGGUAGUAGAGAUGGAAAUGAGUAAAUCACGACCUUUGCUUCCAAUUCUUUCCCAGAAGCAAAAGCUAGAAGUCAGUGCUGUGCAACGUGCAGGUAGGGAAGGGCCCAGAACAUGCUGGCAAGCUGAACCAUGAGCUUGGAGUCUGCCACUCCACGGCACAGGAGGGUCCCUAGGGUUGCCUUGGAAGCUGUGACUGCUACCUUCUAGGAAGUGGUCAUUGCUGAGCUCUUCUCUGUCCUAACCCCCACUCUCAGAAGUAGUGAACUAUGUCAAAAUAUUUUAUUGGUCACAGGAGUGCACAGAGAAUUCCUGAGUAAAGGUUCAAUCCCCCUCAUUCCCAGCCAACCACCCUGAGGACCAGGGCUGCAACUCUCCUUCCAGAGCUGGGGAUGUGCAGUGCAUAUUCCAGAUAUUUUUCUGUGUAUAAAAUUCAUUUGUGUGCACAUUGCUUGUUUACAGGAGAGGGAUUACAUAAUAUGUUUGGGUUUCUGUCAUUCAUUGUAAGCCUGCAUUAUAUUCUCCAGUUGGGAUGUAACAUUCCUUUUGUGAUGGGUAUUCAGGUUGUUUACAGCCAUUUGCUAUUAGAAAAAUUGCAAAUAACAUCCUUGUACAUGCUUUUAUAGAAAUCUAUUCCAUACUUGACAAAUUCCUAAAUGUAAAACUUGAGAGUCAGAAAUAUAUCUCUGUAUGUAACUUUGUUAGAUUUUGCCAUAUGAGCUGCCAUAAGGAUUCUCUUUAUACUCAGCAACAGGCAAUAUCAAGAUGCACCUGGGAGUCAGACCUGAACAUCUGGGUUAAAUGCUGAUUGCACCACUUGACAGGCAGGAAGACGGAGCUUCAGCACUGUCAUCUGCAACCGUGGGUAAUGCUGUGGACCCGGCAAUGACAGGGAAUGGAUAGCACAAGGUAGUCUCUACAAACACUCCUGGACCCUUGAUUGGCACUGGCACCCUUUCUAGUCCUCCAGCCACACAGUAGCAAAUGGGAUUGUCAGGAGGCCCAGGGGAAAGAACGCAUGUGAAGUUUUUUACCAUAAACCUGCGAAAGACAAUCAGGAUGAGCAAGAGGUCAUUUUCCAUCUCGUGCCUCCCCUGCGUGUAGAAGCUGCUCAUGUUAGAGACCAACAUUGGCACUGCAGGCUGGUUUGGGACCAGCAGCAGAGUUGGGUUACUUUCCCCAUCCCAGUGUCAAAUUAUUGGCCUCCUCUGCCCGACGAAGCUGGCUACAAUCAAGCCAUGGAUUCACACCAUAUCGCUGGUUCCCUUCUCUCUGACUCCCCCACCCCAGCACACACUGACAGGAUGUCACCUGGCCUUAGUCCUACCACUGCUUGCUGGACCCUUUCCUUCUAAGCUGCCACAACCCCAUCUUUAAAAGAGGGAGGACUCCUCCAACUCUCCUGUUCUGAUAGGCUUGGCUUUGAAAAAAGUCACAGCAUUUGAGCAAAGUGACAGACUUACUGGGACAAGCACAGUGACUGUUCGAGGCAUUGGCCUCCUGGACUGUGACAAAGUUGGCCCUCCUCCUCCAGCCUCUGACUACACCCAGGUUGCUCACCCAUGGCCCAAAGAACCCUGCUGUGGCUUCAGCUUCGGCUUUGGGAGCCUGUUUACUGUGGAGCUCUCUCCAUGUGGCCUUGUGGCAAACCAGCUGCUCUGAGCCUCUGCAUUAGCUUUGUUAUAAAAUUGUUUUUCACAACAGAAGCAAUGAGAAUACAAAACUUUUUAAGUCAGAACUAUAAUCUGUCUCAAAAUUGUAGUACUUGAUACAGCCAGAUACAUUUCCUCCUAGACUCCUCCAGUGUUUUCUCUGUGACUACUUGAUCUGUGAAGAGCCACACAAAUGCCAAAAAGCGUCUUGUUCCUGGACUGUUUACCCCUUGCUCCCAGUGACCAAAACAAUACACACUGUGCUGCCACCAUGAUGUCUCUGCAAGCACUGGUCUGGGAAUUUUCGCCUGGAACAUCUUAUGCUACACGGCAACAGAGUUAACUCCCGAGCAGGGCUCACACCCCUGGACACCAAGGACCAGACACAUACUAACCCUUGCUGUGCCAGGGAUACCAGAGGGACACAGCAAAAAGAGCUGGGCCCCAGUCCCUCCAGUGUGCCUUGACUGUGGCUCAUCUCUUAACCUUUGCAGGCCUUGCUCACUACAUUUGGAACACAAACAUCCUAAGAUCCAGUAGCAUGCACAAAUGCUCAAGACACCAAUGACAGGGGACAUACAGACAGCCUAUACAGGCAUGGUAGGACACUAACCCUCCCUGAUGGGUCCCCACCAGCACUGUCAGGAUUCCUGAGGCCACCACCUCUAUUCAGUUGCUCUUUGCGCACUUAGUAGUUUAUUGCCAUGGGUCAUAUUCUGGACACUAUAGCACAUCUCCAUCCCCAAGGGGAUCAAAUCUAGUGGGGAAUCAGUGUAUG